CAGGGUUGUGAGACUUACCACCUCCCCUCCUGCCUCCUACACAUUAAAGCUAAAGUGGGUCUUCGUAGCUUUCAAAUUUUCAGAUGAGUAUAUCUGUCCUUUGUGUCAAAAAAAAAAAAAAAAAAAAAGUCUAGUUCAGAAAGAUAAAGGCGUAAUUAAGUGUUUCUUUUUCCUCCAUUCUUUUUUUCCCAGGUGUCUAAAUACAGCUCUCUGCAGUAUUUUAUUUAAGAACCUACAGUCUUCUUGUCUGUUCAUUCUCUUGCAAUAUCCCCCCUUUCUUUCUUUAUAAGAGUUUCUGCUCUCUCUCUUUCUUGCUUAAUUAGUACAGUAAUGGAGUCUUCCCAACUAUUUGGAGGAGCAGAAGAGUGUCACAGCAGUGAAUCUGGAUGGACUAUGUAUCUUGGAUCCCACAUACAUGGUGAUGAUGAUGAUAAUCAACACAGCUAUGAAAAGGAUGAUGAUGAUGAUGAUGAUUAUGAUGGAGGUAAUGGUAAAAAUUACUAUCAUGAAGAUGACAGCGAUGAUUCUAUGGCUUCUGAUGCUUCUUCAGGUCCAAGUAAUCAAGGCACUGAUUUCAAGCUCCAGAAAGAUGUUAAUGGAAAGUAUUACUCCCAGAGGAAACCUAACAACAAACAAGUGGAGAAGCAGCUGCAAAAAUCUGAAAGGAGGAGAAAGGAGGAUAAGAACAAAGAUGAAGAAGUAAGGGCUAAUAAUAAAACUACUCCAACUCAAAGUACUUCCAAGGUAAGAAAAAGCAUAAGCAGCUGGAUGGGAAAAAGAAAAUAGCUGCCUAGCUAGUAUAUGGUUUUUCUUCUUUCUACUACUAGUGAGUGGUUUGCUUUUGCAGAAUAUGCAUGUAGCUAGCUUUGGCUGAACUUAUUAUAACUAUGUUUUUUAAUUAUUGUGCUUCUCUAGAUUUUCUUAUAAUAUUGUAGGAGUUGAAUCGAGAAAUAUAAUGAUCAGAUUUCCAUUGA